AUGCCAUCACAUGAACGUGAGAGAAGGGCAGAGAUGUGCGGUGCGAAGUUGCCAAUUGUAGCGUGCCCCGUACGUGGAGAAGAUCAUCUACCGCUUUCAGCUGUCUUCCUUACUAACUGACGUCAAGCAACUGAACAGCGUAUGGAUGCAAACCUUUCAAAAGCCAGCAGCAAAACUGAAGGCGCUGUUGCACUCGCGGACGAACUUGUCCUUGAAUUCCUCUUCAUGGAGUUGACUGAGCCUCAAGCUGCUCAGAUGGCGAAAAAUGCCGGUGAUGGUGCUAUGUUUGACCGCAAUCCAGUUUUGGAACAAUUGGCUUCAGUAAGUAAAGCUUCAUCUCAAUUCUUCUCUAUGGGAAAUGCAUGUGGAACCAGUACAUAUUGA